ACUCGCUUUUCUAGUGUUUUGGGCUGGAGAAGGGGAAGGGGCAUGCUACCGAGACGUGGAAAGAAGUCCUGUGCUGUAGGGAAGGGAAACAGGAGAAUCCUUUGGGUCAUGACAGGGAGAAACAAAAGCUAGAAGUAACUGUUUCGAGUAACGUGGGCAAUGGGCGCUGGGGGUGUUCCGUGCGUCCCGCCGCGCCCUUAGGGUAGGUGGACAGAAGGCAUUUGCUGUGUUCGGGGUGGCGGUGAGUGCCCACGGUGAACCGACAGGUGUGACUACAGCGUCACCUCUCUGUCCACCGCCAGCGCCGCCGCCCUCCAUCUAUGAUCCAGUGUGGUUGUGCUGUGCGGGUGUGCUCUGCAGCUGCGGGAGGUCACGAACCUCGGUCCCCAGGUCUGGAAGCCACUGAACACCCGGUCACCAGUGUCCUUGAGUUGGCAGGAGGAGCAGAUAUUCAUCAGUCUAUAUCAACACCAACUAGUGAGCAGGAAACCUCACCAGAGCCCAAGGAACACCAUGUUCUGCAGGAAGUUCAAGGAUCUCAAGAUCACAGGGGAGUGCCCUUUCUCCUUACUGGCCCCUGGUCAGAUUCCAAAAGAGCCCACAGAGGAGGUGGCAGGAGGCUCUGAGGGCUGCCAGGCCACUCUGCCCAUCUGCCAGGACAUUCCUGAGAAGAAUGCACAAGGGAAUCUUCCCCAAAGAAAGACAAGCCGCAACAGAGUCUACCUACACACUCUGGCAGAAAGUAUUUGCAAGCUCAUCUUCCCAGAGUUUGAGCGACUGAACCUUGCACUUCAGAGAACACUGGCAAAGCAUAAGAUUAAAGAAAGCAGGAAAUCUUCAGAAAAAGAAGACCUUGAAAAAAUAAUUGCAGAACAAGCAAUUGCAGCAGGAGUCCCGGUGGAGGCGCUCAAAGAUUCUCUAGGUGAGGAGCUGUUCAAGAUCUGCUAUGAGGAAGAUGAGCACAUCCUGGGCGUGGUUGGCGGCACACUGAAGGACUUCCUAAACAGCUUCAGCACGCUCCUGAAGCAGAGCAGCCACUGCCAAGAGGCAGAGAAGAGGGGGCGACUGGAAGAUGCCUCCAUCUUAUGCCUGGACAAGGACCCUGACUUCCUAAAUGUUUACUACUUCUUCCCCAAGAGAACCACAGCCCUGCUUCUCCCCGGUAUCAUUAAAGCGGCUGCUUGGAUAUUGUACGAAAGCCAUGUGGAGGUGUCUCUGAUGCCUCCCUGCUUCAGAAGUGACUGCACCGAAUUUGUGAACCAGCCCUAUCUGCUCUACUCUGUCCAAGUGAAGAGCACCAAGCCUUCACUGUCCCCAGGAAAGCCCCAGUCCUCGCUUGUCAUCCCUGUUUCACUCUUCUGCAAGACCUUCCCAUUCCACUUCAUGCUGGACCGGGACCUGGCCAUCCUGCAGCUGGGCAAUGGCAUCAGAAGGCUGGUGAACAAGAGGGACUUCCAAGGGAAGCCCAACUUUGAAGAGUUCUUUGAAAUUCUGACUCCCAAAAUCAACCAGACAUUUAGUGGCAUCAUGACAAUGUUGAAUAUGCAGUUUGUCAUACGAGUGAGGAGAUGGGAUAACUCCGUGAAGAAAUCAUCAAGGGUUAUGGAUCUCAAAGGCCAAAUGAUCUACAUUGUUGAAUCCAGUGCCAUCUUGUUCUUGGGAUCACCCUGUGUGGACAGAUUGGAAGAUUUCACAGGGCGAGGGCUCUAUCUGUCUGACAUCCCAAUUCAUAAUGCCCUGAGAGAUGUUGUCUUGAUAGGGGAACAGGCACGGGCUCAAGAUGGCCUUAAGAAGAGGUUGGGGAAGCUGAAGGCCACCCUGGAGCAUGCCCACCAAGCUCUGGAGGAGGAGAAGAAGAAGACAGUGGAUCUUCUAUGCUCUAUCUUUCCCUGUGAGGUUGCUCAGCAGCUGUGGCAAGGACAAAUUGUGCAAGCCAAGAAGUUCAGUAACGUCACCAUGCUCUUCUCAGAUAUUGUAGGGUUCACUGCCAUCUGCUCUCAGUGUUCACCCCUGCAGGUCAUCACCAUGCUCAACGCUCUCUAUACUCGCUUUGACCAGCAGUGUGGAGAACUGGAUGUCUACAAGGUGGAGACCAUUGGGGAUGCAUACUGUGUGGCAGGGGGAUUGCACAGGGAGAGUGACACCCAUGCUGUCCAGAUAGCACUGAUGGCCCUGAAGAUGAUGGAACUCUCCAAUGAGGUUAUGUCUCCCCACGGAGAACCCAUCAAGAUGCGAAUUGGACUGCAUUCUGGGUCAGUGUUUGCUGGAGUUGUUGGCGUAAAAAUGCCCCGCUACUGCCUAUUUGGAAACAAUGUCACUCUGGCUAACAAAUUUGAGUCCUGCAGUGUGCCACGGAAAAUCAAUGUCAGCCCCACAACAUACAGGUUACUCAAAGACUGCCCUGGUUUUGUAUUCACCCCGAGAUCAAGGGAGGAGCUUCCACCAAACUUCCCUAGUGACAUUCCUGGAAUCUGUCAUUUUCUGGACGCUUAUCAUCAACAAGGGCCUAGUUCUCAACCGUGGUUCCAGCAGAGAGAUGAGGAGGAUGGGAACGCCAACUUCUUAGGCAAAGCAUCAGGAGUAGAUUAGUGAGACCCAUGCUUCUGUGUUUGACUCCGCUGAGGACUUGCAGAACCUCUGGAAUGACUUUAGGAUUACAGAAGAUGAAAAGCAGUGUUAAAGGUUCAGGACAAAGUCCUUGUCUCCUCUGCCUCCCGUUUAACAUGACACACACACACACACACAAAAGUAUUCACUUCAACUCUUCAACCUUCUUUUAUUUAAGAAACAAACAAACCUCAAAAGUGACUUUUGGGGACAUGGUUUUGUUCUAGAACAAUCACUACCUGCACUCAAAAUCCAGCACAUUGUACAUAUCCCAGGCAAUUGUAGUCAAGUGCAACUGUAUAAAGCAAUGGAUUCUUCUGCAGCCUGUGCCCAGUGCAACGCUGUGGUUAUUAAAGUGUGUUUGUGAUAGUGUCGCCUUUAAAGUCUCUGAGCAUAAAUGACAGUGUUUAAUUCUAUAAGAGCUUCUGGACUUUCAGCUCUGCCUCUGAUUAGAUUUCCUCAUUUAACCACAGUGUAUGUAACACAAUAGGCCCGCCCCUUCCUUUCAGCUAUAUCUUUGUGUGUGUGUGUAUUUGUGUAUGUGUUUUCUUUUCUUUUCUUUCCCCUUUUUCUUCCUUCCCUCCUUCUUUCCCUUC